AAUGACGGGAUCACGCACACAGCUGGCAGGUCCCCACUGGCUGGAGGCAGCGCUGCUCUACUAUCUGCCCGCUGAUUGGCUCCGUGGGCGACGUGGGGCUACAUACUUGCGUGUCGUGUCGUAAGCCACGCAUUCGGUGGCAGCUCUUCCUAGAGACCGGCGCUCGCUUGAGGAGCUCGCUGGCCUCCUCGCUGAACAGUCCCUCCGACCUCGCUGACUCGAGGCAAGUGCCGCUGACCCAUCCGCCUGUGCCGUGUGUGCUGUGGUUACGAUGAGUAAGAUGAGUAAGAGUGAAUAUGGGACCCCUGGUGGCUUCUUUGCCGCGAGUGGGGCCAGUGGCAGCAAUGAGGGGCCCUCGCAGGGUGGCACGGCUCCUUUUCUGAAGGCGCCAAGGUCCAGGGCUCGAAUCGAGCCCAUUAUCCCGUGUUGUGUGAACCAGCUGCUCACUGCUUCUCUGGUCGACGAUGUUUUCAAGGUCAGGGGCAUAGUGGUUUCCCAGGUCUCUAUCGUGGGGAUCAUCAGGAAGGCGGAGAGAGCGCCAAACUACAUUCUCUACAAGAUUGAUGAUAUGACGACCAAGCCUAUUGACGCCCGCCACUGGCUGGGCAGAAGCAAAGCAAAGCAGGAGGUGGCUCCCUGUCCCGUGGGAGUGUACGCUAAAGUGUUAGGUAUCCUGAGAGGUUCUGCGGAGGUGAGGAUCCUCGAGGUGUUGCAGAUCCGCGUCCUGGAAGACAUGAACGAGCUCACCUCACACAUUCUGGAAACGGUCAACGCGCACAUGAUGCUGGCGAAAGGCCAGGAAGAGGCCUACGGGCAGAGCGCGCCCACCACUCCGCCUGAGGCGGCGCAGGCUCCCCAGCCCUGCGAGGUCCGCCCGCAGGUUAUUCAGGCGGAUGUGCUGCGUUUGAUUCGCGAGUGUCCUCACCAGGAAGGCAAGAGCGUCGCAGAGCUCCAGGCCGAGCUUGGCAGCCUGAGCAUCAAGGCCAUCAAGGAUGCCCUCGAAUAUCUGAUGGUCGAGGGCCACAUCUACCCCACUGUGGAUGGCCAACAUUUUAAGUCUGCUGAUUAAGGCGGCGAGAAGAACUUUCAGUUUCUGAAGACCGCGGCCUCCGGCUGUGACUGAGUUUGACCUGUUGACUUUUAGGAAGUAGGUUUAUUUUUCAACAAAACUCUUCACUGGCAUCCCUUUGGAACCUCACUGCUUUUCCAACAGCUUUGAACUUUUCUGUUUUUCUAACUAUAUUUGAAGCUCAGAGGGAGAUCGGGAUGGAUAAAUUGAUUGGACUUUUGUAGGCUUUACCAGCAAGCAAGUGAAAACAGUCGGGUAAAUUUGGGGGCGAAGAGGCACAGAAAAAGUUGAAAAUUGUUAUUUUUGUGUGUGGGAGCUUCUUUUUGAAAUGUUUAGGUAUUUGGAGAAAAUUGAUGUAGUCACGGAGCCAGCUAAGAGACAAAAAAAAAUGUUGUUUUUACAGUUACUUAUUUUUUGUUUGCAUUUAGCUUAUUAUAGUCAUUGUUAUCUCUUACUAAAUAUAGUAGUUAAUUAAUUGAAAUGUGCUAAAGAUAGCAGUUAGUGAACUCAAAUGCUCAAUUUAAGUGUUUGUUGAAUGAUUUACUUUUAUAACCAUAGGUUUAUUUUCUGUUUAAACUGCAGGGUCAUCUUUGAAUGCUAUUUUUCUAAGUGACUGUUUAAUGGAUGUUUCAAAUAAGAUGUAGUGAAAUUUGGAUUAAAUUACAGUAUGUUGUAGUUUUAUGGUACAUGGAUGCCUGAUUUUCUUAUGUUUGAUGUUCUAAAGUAUUAUUUUAGAAUUAACUGCUCAGUUUUAUAUAUAACAAGGUUUUAUUCUUAUAGGUUAGGUUAGGCAAACAAAGAAUAUGUAAUUCUAGGAAUAUUAAGCUUAGUAAGUUU